AACAAUUGUUUUGGUUUUUGUAUGAACAAAGUAAUCAUAGCAUAAUAUGUACAUAAUAAAUUUCAUUUGUUGAACAGCUUCGGGUGAAAUCUCAGUAUGGAUCAGAUCUCUGUUAAUAAUCAAAAUGAGCUCGAUGGUUUCAAUCGUCGAAUCGAAUAUUUCAAAUGUGAUUUUUGUCCGAGCACAUUUUGCGACGAGGACAAUUUCAAUUCACACGUUCUCAAUCAUUUUGAGAAGAAAAAUUGUGUGAACUGCGAUAAACUGGUAUUGCGAAUCGGUAGCAAAUGGUAUCAGCUGCACAUUGAUGAGAUUAAAAUUGAUGGGCCCGAGAAUCAAUUCAUCGAUUUAUACAUAAAGAAAGAAGUCGAUGAUAGUGACAAUGAUAUAGCUGAAUUCAACAGCGAGUCCAAUAUAAUCGAAACCAAUUCCUUCAAGGAUGACUCAGACCAAAACGCAGAUCAAAACACCGAAUUGGAUGUCUUCGACGAAUAUCAAACCGAAAUUGAUGAGAAAAUUAAGAGAAAAAGCAAGAGAAAAACUUCCAGUAAUAUAUAUAGUGAAAAUUCCGACAGAAAUACUUCAAAAGCAGUUGAAGCACAUAAACCGAGAGGGAAACGCUCUAUUUGUCGAAUUAAAUGCCGAAUUUGUGAUCGGAAUAUUUGGAAUUUCAAUUUGGAAAGUCAUUUGCAAAAGAUGCAUGUGCCGAAUAUAAUUGUGUCAAAGGAAAAGAUAAAAUGCGAAACAUGUGGCAAAUUUUUUGCGAACAAUGGAAAUCUGAAAAUUCAUCAAGCAAUACAUAGUGGCAUCAAACGAUUUGUAUGCAGCUACUGUGGCAAGAGCUAUCGUCAACUAUUUCAUUUGACUGAGCACAUGAAUGGGCACACCGGGGAAAAACCGUAUAAUUGCGAUAUUUGCCAUAAACGAUUUGGAAGAUAUCAAAUCCUUACCGCACAUCUGCGAAUCCACACAGGAGUUAAACCAUAUAAAUGUAACAUUGAAAAAUGCGAUCGAGCCUUUGCGUAUGAAAUCGAUCUAAGUCGUCAUAAAUACAGCGCACACGGAAUUAUUAAGAAAAAACAUAUUUGUUCAGUUUGUGCGAAAGUCUUUCCAGAAAAUAAAUUAUUAAAAAAGCAUCUGACGUCACAUUCGUCGGGAAACAUUCGACAAAAAGCCGGAUCAAAAGCAUAAUUUUAUCGUUAAGAUUUAUAUUCAACAAAAACACAAGCAUUUACUUUUAAAUACAAUCAAUAAAUGGUAUUUAUUUCUUGGUCAUAA